AUGGAAGCUACGUUUUCAUCUGGCAGAGUUGCAUUUGCAAUCAUAACAAUAUUAUGCUGCUUCACUUCCCCUGCAAUUGCAUGCCCCUUCCCUGAAAGAAAUCUUCUCCUGGAUUUCAAGGCAGCCGUUGUAGAUGAGUAUAACACUCUAACUUCCUGGCAAGGAUUCAAUUGCUGCACGUGGAGGGGAGUCGGUUGCAAUCUCCGCACAGGCCAUGUUUCUGGACUGUAUUUGAGUGGAUACAAAUUGAAGGGUAACAACACUUCAUCGCUGUUCCAACUCGCACAGUUGGAGCACCUCGAUCUCAGUGACAACCUCUUCAAGGGUAAAUUUAGUCCUCCCCAUAAUCGGAAGUUGAAGAGUCUCACUUUUCUUGACUUGUCAUUUGCUGGAUAUGUAAAUGAAACCUCUCUGGGUUCUGUAAGGGAAUUUUAUGUGAGUUUGGAAAGCGUAUCAAAUCUGGUGAGCUUGGAAUACCUCUCUCUUGCUGCAGUGAACAUCUCUGCAAGCAAAGAGUGGGGUGAAGCUGUUGGCAGUCUAUCCAACCUUCAAAAACUCCACAUGUCUGACUGUGGGCUUGGAGGACCAAUUCCCAAUUCCCUUCUCAACCUCACCUCUCUCCUUCACCUCGAUCUCUCAGAGAACUAUUUGUCAGCACAAAUACCAGCUUGGUUUGAAAAUAUGACUGCCCACUUGCUCUCACUUGAUCUCUCUUGGAAUAAUAAUCUUGGAGGAGACAUUUCUUUCAUUCGACAACGAAAGUCUUCUUUGUCACUAACCAACAUUGAUCUUUCAGGGACAGCCAUGGAGGGCCGAAUUCCAUCUGCUGUAGGAAAUAUCUCAUGCUUGGAGUAUCUUCGUCUGAGAGAAAGUAGAAUUGAAGGUGAGAUUCCAGCUGCUACAGGGAAUUUGUUGUUCUUGCAAAUUCUUGAUCUGUCAGAUACCAGAAUUGAAGGUGAGAUUCCAUCUGCUACAGGGAAUUUGUCAUUCUUGCAAAUUCUUGAUCUGUCAGAUACCAGAAUUGAAGGUGAGAUUCCAGCUGCUAUAGGGAGUGUGUCGUCCUUGAAGAGUCUUGACCUGUCUAAUACCAGAAUUGAAGGUGAGAUUCCAGCUGCUAUAGGGAAUGUGUCGUCCUUGAAGAGUCUUCGUCUAUUUAGUACCUCUAUUGAAGGUGAGAUUCCUCUCUCCAUAGUCAAUCUCUCUAAACUUGUUUCUUUGGAGCUGUCCUACAACAAGUUAACUGGGGUAAUCCCACCUUCAUUGGACUCACUUUCUUCCCUUGUUAGUCUUCACCUUUAUGCCAACGAAUUGAAUGGUACGAUUCCAUCUACAAUUUCAAAUCUUGUUAACUUAAGAAGCCUUUGGCUCGACUCCAAUAGUUUAAGCGGCCUCAUUUCCCUUUCCGUAUUCGAUAAUCUCACUAGACUUAAUGACCUGUAUCUUUCUUACAAUCACUUAACUGUAAACAUUGACUCAACAUGGAUUCCGCAGUUUAAGCUUUCCUAUUUGGGACUAGGCUCUUGCAAUUUAGAUAGAAUUCCAUCGUUUCUUGUGACCCAAUACGACUUGGAAUAUCUAAACCUAUCUGCUAAUAGUAUCCCAACAAAUAUUCCAUCUUGGAUAUGGAACUUACCCAGCCUUUAUAGUUUGAACCUUAGCUGUAAUCAAUUAACAGGGUCAUUGCCAUCUAGACUAACCUUACCCAAGUAUUCUAAUUAUGUAGAUCUGCACAAUAACAGCUUACAAGGUGCUCUUCCACUUCCUCCUGCUGGUGCUUAUCUGCUGGAUCUGUCGAUGAAUCAGUUUAAUGGUUCCAUUCCUACUGAUAUUGGUGCAUAUCUUCAAAAUACAGAAUUCUUAUCCUUGUCGAGGAAUAAUCUCAGUGAAGCGAUUCCAGAUUCUAUUUGCACUUCAGAUUUGCAGGUUCUCGACCUUUCAAAUAAUACUCUGAGCAGUGUCAUUCCUCCUCAUUUAACCAGGAAUUGUUCUUUUCUUAGUGUUCUAGAUUUGGCGGAAAAUCAUCUGGAAGGUAAAAUGCCAGUAGAAUGGGGCAACAUUUCAAAGAUUCAUACAUUGAAGCUCAAUGGUAAUCAUUUGAGAGGAGUUAUUCCCUCGCCCAUUUCAAAAGGCCGAUCUCUGCAAGUAUUGGAUUUGGGAAAUAAUGAUUUGGAAGGAACCGUUCCCCACUGGAUUGGAAAGCUAUCACAACUGCGUGUGUUGGUCUUAAGGUCUAAUCAUUUUCAUGGCAGUAUCCCACGCCAGGUAAUUGGCCUUCCGAAUCUUCAAAUUCUGGAUCUUUCUGGCAACCACCUUUCAGGAGCUUUUCCAAGCAACCUUACAAACCUGCUUGCAAUGGUCAACGCAUCGCAGAAUAAUUCAAACCAUCUCGAAGGAUACAGUUCAACUGGUGCUACGUACGCAAAUCAGAUUACAAUUUCCUGGAAAGGUUGCGAUGUUGAGUUUGUUAAAGUUCUUUUCAUUCUUAAAUGUAUUGAUCUUUCAAACAACAACUUAUCUGGGAGCAUUCCUCCCGAAAUGGGCUCUCUUCAAGGCUUGAUAGCCCUUAACCUUUCAAGGAAUCAUCUCAGUGGCUGA